UGCAAAGAAGACAGUAGAAAUUUGAAGCGGAAAAUCAGCUGGAGCAGGGGGUGGUCAGGAAGGGGGUGAGUGACUAGUUGUUGGGGGUCUAGGGAAGGACUUUCUACGGGUGCUGAGGAGGCAGGCAUGGGGAGGAUCAUGAGGAAGGACCAGAGGCUGUGUUCACAGGAUGCUUGGGUACUGGACACAGCAGGCUUCCAGAUGACAUUACUUGAUGCCUGCAUUACAGCUGAGGGUUGAUGCUCCCUCUGCCCUUCGUUGCUCCACCCCCUACUUAGGCCAAUAUUUAUGUGUCCUAGACCUAGAGAGGCCCCUGGACUCACCACUGUCCCGACUGCACUCUCCCUGUCCCGCCUUCCCCACCGCCCGCCCCGCUGGCCAGUCCCCACGCCCACACACCCGAGGCUGCCUCAUCUGGCACUGAUUAUCCCUGCUGCUGCUGCUGCCGCUGCUAAACUCAGCUGCUGCCUCGGUCUCGAGGACCCCAGCGCCUCUCCCCCCGGCCAUGCUGCCUGCUGCCACUGCCUCCCUCUUGGGGCCCCUCCUCACUGCCUGGGCCCUGCUGCCUUUCGCCCAGGGCCAGACCCCCAACUACACCAGACCUGUGUUCCUGUGCGGAGGGGAUGUGACUGGGGAGUCCGGUUACGUGGCAAGUGAGGGUUUCCCCAACCUCUACCCCCCUAAUAAGGAAUGCAUCUGGACAAUAACGGUCCCUGAGGGCCAGACUGUGUCCCUUUCCUUCCGAGUCUUCGACUUCGAGCUGCACCCUGCCUGCCGUUACGAUGCUCUGGAAGUCUUUGCCGGGUCUGGAACCUCCGGCCAGCGGCUUGGACGUUUCUGCGGGACCUUCCGGCCAGCGCCCUUAGUCGCCCCCGGCAACCAGGUGACCCUGAGGAUGACUGCGGACGAGGGCACAGGAGGACGAGGCUUCCUGCUCUGGUACAGCGGGCGGGCCACCUCGGGCACUGAGCACCAAUUUUGCGGGGGGCGGCUGGAGAAGGCCCAGGGAACCCUCACCACGCCCAACUGGCCCGAGUCUGAUUAUCCCCCGGGCAUCAGCUGUUCCUGGCACAUCAUCGCUCCCCCGGACCAGGUGAUCUCGCUGACCUUCGGGAAGUUUGACCUGGAGCCCGACACCUACUGCCGCUACGACUCGGUCAGUGUGUUCAACGGAGCCGUGAGCGACGACGCCAAGAGGCUGGGGAAGUUCUGCGGCGACACCGCCCCGGGUCCCAUCUCCUCGGAAGGAAACGAGCUCCUCGUCCAGUUCGUCUCUGACCUCAGUGUCACGGCCGAUGGCUUCUCCGCCUCCUACAAGACCCUGCCGCGGGGUGCCGCCAAAGGAGAGCAGGCCCAGAGCGCCGGGGAGGAUGCCCGGUCGGGUACCCCGAUCCUCAGCCCGGGCCCCAAGCCCGGACUCCCAUCUGAGGAGAAACCAAAAGCCUCGUCUGAGGCCCAGGCAACUCCGGGGGGCCCCGAUGUGCCCAGUGUCCCCUGCCCAAAGCAGUGCCGCCGGACAGGCACCUUGCAGAGCAACUUCUGUACCAGCAACCUGGGUAAGAAGCCCCAUCUCCCAGCUUUGCUCGUCCAGCAGCUCUCACCUCCCUCCGGCCCUCAAAUCCCUCCUCCUGGUUCCAGCCCUGAGCUGGCCUCCUCUCUCCUCACCGCUCACCCCCACUCUCCCACAGUGGUGACCGCAACAGUGAAGUCCAUGGUUCGGGGCCCAGGGGAGGGCCUCACUGUCACUGUCAGUCUCAUUGGUGCUUACAAAACCGGUGGCCUGGACCUGCCUUCUCCACUCACUGACACUCCCCUGAAGUUUUAUGUGCCCUGCAAGCAGUGCCCCCCCAUGAAGAAAGGAGUCAGUUAUCUGAUGAUGGGCCAGGUGGAAGAGAACAGAGGUCCUACCCUUCCUCCAGAGAGCUUCGUAGUUCUCUACCGGUCCAACCAGGACCAGAUCCUCACCAACCUCAGCAAGAGGAAGUGCCCCUCCCAACCUGUCCGGGCUGCUGGGUCCCAGGCCUGAAACCCAGGCCAGCUUCCCAGCCCCUAGCCCUAGGGACUCCUUUCUUAACCAAAUAAAUGUUUCUUGACUGAG